AUGGGAAAGCGGAAGUCCUUGAAUGGUGCGAAAGCUGAGACUAGCCAGUCAGGUGAAAGUGGGAGCGAUGAAGACUUCGAUAUGCUAGAUGUCGAGUUUGAAUGGUUCGACCCUCAGCCUGCAUACGACUUUCAUGGAAUCAAGACCCUCCUACAACAACUGUUCGAUGUGGACGCACAACUCUUCGAUCUCUCUGCUCUGACAGACCUUAUUCUCGCCCAACCACUGCUCGGCUCGACCGUCAAAGUCGACGGCAACGAGACUGAUGCCUAUGCAUUUCUCUCCCUUAUCAAUCUACAGGAGCACAAAGACAAAUCAUUUGUCUCGAAGAUAAUUGAUUAUUUGCGACAGAAAGCUGCUUCAAGCUCGGUCCAUUCGCCAAUCGCAGAACUUCUCUCCGGCCCAGAUACACCACCAAUUGCUCUCGUAUUGACAGAGAGACUGAUCAACGUUCCUUCAGAGGUUACACCGCCAAUGUACUCGAUGCUGUUAGAAGAGAUCCAGUGGGCACUUGAGGAGAAAGAACCUUACCACUUUUCCCACUACUUGAUCCUUUCCAAGACAUACACCGAGGUUGUAUCAAAACUGGACGAAGAGGAUGACCGACCAAAGAAGAAGAAGAAAAGUGGAGGAAGUUCACCUACAGUUCUGUAUUUUCACCCCGAGGACGAAGUGUUCGAAAGACAUGCUAUCUGUCACGGCCCCUACAAUUAUAGCACGAAGCAAGAUGAAGGGCAUUCGGAUUCGAAAAGGGCAUUUCAAGAAAUGGGGAUCAAACCGCUGGGGCAUAUGAUUCUAGUUGAAGCCGAAAAGUUGGAGGAGGCGGUGAAGGAUAUCGCAGAAUACCUAAAAUCGCAAGGUUGA